AUGAGCUACGCGCUGCAGCGGCGGCUACCGCUGGGGCCGCUGGACCGGCAGGUAGCGCGCGCGGGCAUGCAGAUCUGCCACAGGAUCGUCAUGCAGCAGCUCUACAUCUCGCGCGCCGACGCGGCCAAGCAGUGGGUCGUGGUGUCCAACCCGUCCGAGGAGUGCGUGGACCUCACGGGCUUCCGACUCAGCUGCAGCGGCACGCGCGACGUCUUCCGCUUCCCGACCAGGUACACGCUGCUGCCAGGCGACGAAGUGACGGUCUGGUGCGCGCCCGGAGGCCUCAAGCUGGACGAGGACAACCUGCUGCAGCCCUACCUCUUCUGGACCAAGGCGGACGGCUCGCUGCGCCACGAGCCCUUCUUCUCAUCUAAAGCCAGCGCCAAUGAAGUGCUGCUACUGGACCCGUUGAUGGUUGAAGUGGCGUCCCUGCGCGUCGCUGCAGACGGCAGGAAAGAGUUCCGCGUGCUGCACUGCAAGUCGGGGCACUCCAGGACCGUCCGCAGCGAGAUUGACACUCGGUUCUGCGUCGGGUGUCUGUCUCCGCCUGAGUUCGAGACACGCACGUCGCGACCAAGUCCCGAGAGCGGGAAAAUCACGUCGCCGGCUCCAAAUGAGCGCGAGGUUUACGUGUUCUCGAGAUACUGGGGCGUGGUGUCGGACAAGUCGCUGUUCGAACACUUUCUGGCGGUCUUCUUGGUGCCGCUGAUUGAAUCGUUCCGCGCAGUGCUGAUCUACAUCAUGAUGUGCACGUUCCAACCGGUGUCCAAGAGCGGACUGGGUCCACAGCUGCGAACCAAGGUGACGACGUUGCUGCUCAUGAUGCUGGCGUGCGACGUCGUCUCGCGGAGACUUAUGCUGUUCAUCAAGAGUGGACUGCUUGUUACUAUUGCCAGCUUCACGUCCGUUGUACUGGAUCGCGUGGCGGUGGUGGUGCUGUAUUUGUCGCUGCAGAGGCUGUACCCGGCGCUGGGCUCGUCGUUCCAGUAUAUGCUCACCUUUGACUUGGGCAUUGGCUGUGUGAACGCUGCCGCGGUGCAUGUGCGGUUUCUGGAGGCAAGACGCGACUGGCAUCCGCUGUUCAAGCAGUUCGCUCGAUGGGGUCACCGCUCUCGAGGGAUCAUUUGUGCCUGUGGCAUUGGUCGCGAGCUGUUGCUUCACCUGCUGCUGCUGCUCCCGUUCAGCGAUCACCCGUCGCCUGUAUGGAAGGCUGUGGGUUAUCUGCUCGUGCCGCUCUUCACGGUGGCUUCGGGUGUCGACUUCUUGCGCGCUGUUGCCACCAUCCUACACAUGGUCAGAUACCCGAUUAAAGAGGCCCCACCCGUUGUGUUCUCCACGCCCAAGACUCUCCGCUUCCGAUCCCUUCGCCCGUAUAGUUAG